AUGUCUCUCGAUGCAAGUGUACUCCCUUCGGAACUGCUGACGACGGCUGCCCCGCUGGUCGGACUGUCGGGACUGGACGUGCAGCGUAAUGCCGUACACAAAACGAUAUGGGAUGCGUUCAACAACGCCAAAAAACCGGACACUGAAUCGAUCCAGUACAAGCUGCUGCCGCCAAACUACGAGUUCCCCGUCUCGAAACCCAAACACCAAUCCUACGAAUGGUACACACCAAAGGGAAUACUGAAGCGUAACUGGAUGCUGAAACACCUGCACGUCCUACCGGCAGUGGUGGUGCUGUUUCAGGAUCUCGAAUGGAACGACCCGAAAUGGACGGAAAAGCAACUCCAGUGUGCUGCCACGAUACAGGUGCUAAAGAACUCGCUGCAAGGACGUAACACACGCAUUGCCAUAGCGCUGCUGCAGCGCGGCAACUACCUGCAGCAGGGCGAGGACAUGCUGGCCUCGGAACGAGCCGCCCAGCUAACGAGCAAUUGCGAUAUAAAUGCUAAAAUGCUGUUCGUGCUUCCACACAACGAUCACCUGAUGGGACACAUCUUCCGGCUACAGUCGGCCUUCCUCGAACUGGCCCAAUCGUACUACACGCAGAUGAUGAAACAGAUCCGGCUGCAUCGGGACCAGUUGACCGAUGCGCAUACGGUGCUGAAGAUACGGCAUCAGUUUAAGCUUGGCUUCAUUUCGGAGCUAAAACUCGAUCAAUCGAACGCCCUGCGCCACUACCGGCAAACGUACACGUUUCUGGACGAUGUGCGAAUCGUCGACACGAACUGUCUGGAGCUGAAAACCAUCGCCGGGUUUGUCAAUUACAAGAUGUGCAAGUUAUUCUUCCGACUGAACGCACCGAAAGACUCCAUUUCGCAGUUUAAGAACCACAUUCAAAAGUACCGACAACGGACCGGUUUCAAGGAGCUACUGUUUGAACAUUACGCGUGGUUAAGCGUUCAGUACGGCGCUUUUGCGGAACUGUUCUGUGACGCGGUUAAGAACGGACUUGCACCACUGCAAACGCAACAUCCGGGCAUCUACUUCCACAAGGCGGCCGAGUACAUAGGAAUGCGCAAGGAAGCUUUCCUGCAGUGUACCGCACUCGAUACGGCGGGUGCUUCGGAACUGGGCUCCAUCAGCAAUUCGGCACUGUACAGCGAUUUCUUCGGCAUCCGUGGUAGCGUAAAGACGGGCGAACCCGUGUCCGAACAGCAGAUCAUCUGUUUGGUGCAGGAAAAUGAGAAAGCAUACAACCAUUCGGGUGAAAUCAUCAGUCUGCUCGGGAAGGCGAUGGCACAGUUUAAGGUGUACCGGUGUUUGCGGUUUCGCAAGAAGCUGGCGAUCGAUAUGGCGGAAGAGUAUCUAAAGAGCGGGGAUCACUCGAAGGCACUCACGCUGUACUCGCUCAUGUUGACCGACUAUCGGGUGGACAAGUGGUACACCAUCUUUACGCAGGUGCUACUGAAAACGCUCCAUUCGGCGUACCUGUCCGCAUCGGUGCCGGAUUUCGUGGCCUGCAGUAUUGAAGCGCUUUCGCCACGCAUCGCGAUGGAAAAGCAGGAUCGUAUACUGAUACUAGAGAACCUCUGGAAGGUGUUCCACCGUGUUUCACCCGUUUCGAGUAGCUUGAUUGCACCCGAACUUACCAACAGUUGGCAGAAGGCCCUCACAUCCUUUAACACACCGAUCAAGCUGGAUCUCGAUCGAUUGAACGAUCUGGUCGAGUGUCGGCUUACGUUCGAGAAGCGACAGAUCAAGAAUGACGAAAAGCUACAGCUUCUGCUGUACAUCCGCUCGCUCACGGAAGUUCCACUGAAGCUAAAGAACUUCUCCAUUCUCCUAACGGACCUCAAGUCAAGCAGUGUACGGAUCAAUGCGACCCAGUACACAGAAUAUGUGGACCCGACCGAGCAGACCGAUGCCGCGAAAGCAAUCGAAGAGUUUAUUCUCGAACCGGAAAAAUGCUACCGUAUACUGUUUAUCGGUGACCGGUACCUCUUCGCGGAGAGUGUGGACGUCCACAUCUUUCGACUGGAGCUUCAGAUGGGUUCGGAGAAUACGCACGCUGUGCUGUCGGUACGAGAGAAGCUCAAUACGAGCAAACCGUUUAAAUCGUACAAUCCGCACAAGGAUUGCAUGGAAAGUAUCGGUGUCAUAAGUUCGUGCUAUAUCAUUCCAACCUUCCAUCUGGGUUCUCAAACCAAACCAACCAACCAACCGAUGCUGACGAACGAAUUCCAUCAGGUAACGACGAAAAUAUUCAACCAGUCCGAUCUUUGCCUACAGAACGUCGGUGUGAGCAUCAGUGUACCACAACUGCUAAGAAAUAAUGUAUUUUUGACAACCGAUCUAAAUCAUCCGCUGCAGAAGAUUCAUUCCCACGUGCAGAUCGAUAUCGGUGAGCUGCAGAUGCAAUCAUCGACGACCGUUUCGUACUACCUCGCCAGCCUGGUGGCGGGCAACAUAGAGCUGAAGCAGAAAAUGUACUAUCAGAUGAAAAAUUUACACCAAAGCAAAACAGAAGCGUCAGGCGGUGGAGGAGGAAACACUCUGAACGGCGGGAGUGGGACGGUCGAUUCACCUUCCACCCCGAACAGCGAAAAGGAGGACCUAGCAAAGUUGCUGGCAAACGAGAAAAAUUUGCAAAAGUAUGUGAACAAUCAUAACGUAAAGAUUGAAUUCCUGCACGAGGACGAACAGUUGGUGCGAAAGAUUAAGGAAGAUACGGUGGUGGUACCGUGUGUGGAAGAGAUCAAACUUACCGGUCGGUUCUAUACGCUGAGCCGGGAGGCACUCGGGCAGGCGUACCGGAACGAGGAUUUUUUGCUACGCAUCAACGUGGAGAUAAAAUCACCCGACCCGAUCGAUAUACUCGAAACGCAAUUUAUUAGUGAUCAUAAUAUAGUGGAGAAACCGUACCAAGGCGGUGAUGCCGUCUGCGGGAGUGGCUUAAGACCGGCGAGUCGGUUCGAGGAACUGAAGCUACUUAGUGCAACAAAUUGUACCCGUGAUUGGGUAUCGCGUGGUGAUUAUCUUUCGAACGACACCCAGCUCGUGUUUAAUCGUUCGCGAUCGCCAGACUCCAGCGGUGGGACAGCAAAUUUACCGGCAUCGAACCGACCGGCAGACGAGCAGUACAACAAGAACCUUCUCUCAAAAUUGCCGACGAAUGCAACGAUAAUCGGUAGCACUAGUGCACAGCUAACCAAUCAGAUGAACUUAUCACUAACCCAUCAUCCUUCACAUGCUGCCUUGGCUGAUACCACCACAACAACUACGGUGUCCACAACGACGGACGGUGACGGUGCACUGUCACCUUCAGCAAAGGGAGGCAACAUUACCAAUAACAUCACUACCAGUAUGACCACAUCCACCGGGAGUGUAGAAGAUUUCAAGGUGAAACCACUGCCACUUAACGAGGCGUCCGCAUUGUUAUCCAACGCGUCGAAACCGGGCGGUGAUGAUCUGGUCGCUAAGAAUGUGUCGAAAACCAUCUACAAUCGGGCGCUCGAUUGUGUGCAGCUUACAAACAACGACCGGAAUGGGUUCAUCAAUGCGCACUACAAUCGUCCCGAAGCGGGAACAAAUGUGACUAGUGCGGCCGGUAACAUGUCGUGGCCAAUCUUCGGGAUGUACUGCGUACGAUGGUGCCGGUCACGAACGCCAACCGUAGUAAACGAGUCGAAAUUUAUCAUCAAUGGAAUCGAAGUCAUCGAUCCACCGCUAAACCUGUACUGCUACAUCGAGCAGCGAAUGUACGUACGGUUACCGAUGACGUUACGCAUCACGCUGCGUAAUCCCACGCGUAGAAUUCUUCAUCUGCAAGCAAUACUGAACAGUUCCGACAGUUUCAUGUUUGCCGGUCAUCGACAGUUGAACGUGUCGAUAUUUGCGUACUCCACGUACGAUCUGCUGUUUAAUCUUUGUCCACUGAAAGCCGGUUGGCAACCGUUGCCCGAACUACAGCUAGAGUAUCAAACGUUUCAAACAGCUACACCAACACCCGGUGGGGUUAGUAUGCCCGGGACGCAAACGGGCCCGUCUAAAGUCCCGACGGACCCGGUGACUGCUGCAGCAGCAGUAGUAUCCGGAGACGAUGUGAUAGCAACGGACGGUAUGGAAAGCCAGCGCAAGGCGGAGCUGGCCUCGCUUGUGCAUAGGUGGAUGCCGAAAAUGGUGUUUGUUCAUCCACCCACGAGGACACUGUGA